AUGCCGCGUACCAGACAGAGCGGCCUUGCCCACGCCCAGCCGGCCAUCCAGGGCUUUGCCAGGGCAACCAAGGCUGGAGUCACAUCGCAGCUUCCCUCCAAAAACGCGUCUCUUCCUGUUUCCCCGUCCAAGAAGAGAAAGCUGCAGGAAAUCGAGAACGUGGAAGGCGCGGAUAACCGAUCGACCCUCGAAGAAGCCGAGACGCCCUCGAAAACCCUGCGUCUGAACCAAUUGUCUGUGUCCUCCCCACGCAGCGGCCACUAUGCUUCGCCGAAACGAACCCCGAGUCGCCGGAACCGUGUGUCCGCCACCAAGAAAAUCGAUGAGGCGCCCUCUACCCCUGCAACCCCUUCCAAGCAGCGCACCCUGAAUUUCCCCAAAACCACUCCCGUACGCGAAGGGCCCAACAUCCUUGAACGGCCAUCAUGCUUCACGGAAUUUCUGGAUUUGCAUUCCUCCUUUGUCCAGGCCCUGUCCAUCCACGCAACCCACAAUGGCUCAAACACCCCUGCGGAUCUCCGAGAGUUCUUGACUAGCAUCACCCGGAUCUGGAAGAAGCGCAAGGUGCAGGCGAAGGACUUGCAGCGGCUCGUGUGGGUUUGGGACCAGAGCCUGAUGGCCCGGCAGGUGUCGUACCGGCUGGCAAAUUACGGACUCGGCAAGAUCUGUCUGGAACGCACGGUGCAAACUGAAGAACAGCCCGCCACGUUGCAGGAGUCAUUUGAGCAGUCUCUGGACUUGCAGUGGGAGAAGGCACAGGAGUCGCUCGAUGGUGUUAAUGCAGAAGACCGGUCGACUUUCUUCGUGGAGACGCUGGGUCUCGCCUCCAUCCACGAGUCGCUCACUCCGUUCUCGUCAUUCCAGAAGGGCCAGCAGCGUCUGCAGGAUUUGAGGGGUGGCAUUAUCCGUCUCAAAACUGAGAAAAUGCGCUCCGAGAUGGAGGAGACUGUGGCCAAGCCCCUCGCUGCCCCGACCAACCGCCGCCAAGGACUCCUGGACCGUAUCAAGCACAAGGAGCUGCGCCAGUCCAAGCUGCCUCCUCCACCGUCGAAAAAGGAGCUUACCCGUCGCUCGGCUGCAGACCGUGUUGAGGAAGUCGCCGGUAUCCUGGCUCUGUUGCGCCCCGCAGGGUAUGUGGGCACCGGCAUCAAGGCGAUGCUCGCCGCACAGCGCAAGCCGUUCAAGAUCGAGACCAUGGUCCAGCUGGUCCGCGAUUCCGUCCGCAGCCCCAUUCCCGCGGAAGAAGCCGAGAUGUGCCUGGAAAUCCUGGCUGAAGCCACCGUCGCCGGACACUGGAUCAACAUCGUCACCGUCAACCAGAUGCGCUCCGUGGUGCUCAAGUCUUGCAAGGAUGUCUCAGCCAAGGAAAUCGGGACCAGAGUUGCCGGUCUCAAGGCCGAGUGGGACAAGUCUGGUUCCUGUGUACAGUCUCCGUUGUUUACGAGCCUGUGA